UCCCACGUACAUUUUUCUCCCAAUAUUAAUACUGUUCAUCUUUCUUGUUUGUUUACCGUACCUCAUUAUUCUAUAAACUCAAUAUUUUCUUGCAAUACUAGUGAGGAACUAAAAAAGUACAUGCAUGCAGUGAUUGUUGUCAAAUCGUCAAGAAAACAAACCCACACGCAGGAGUAUGUUAAAAAUGAGAACGGCAAUGUAAACGCCGGUCAGUAUAUAUACAUAAGUUUGGUAAACACAGCACGAUUACUGGUAAUAGGACAUUUAACCUCAUUUUGCAGAGAUUUUUGUGAAUUUUCGUGGUAGAAAAAACUGACAGGAUGGCAGAAAGCGUGAAAGUGGCAGUCCGAGUCCGACCUUUUAAUGAUCGUGAGAAGAACAGAAAUUCUACAGUAAUCAUUAACAUGGUAGGGAACCAGACUGAAAUUAAGGACCCAGAAAACUUGUCAGCCGACCCCCGCAGGUUCAGCUUUGACUUCUCUUACUGGUCACAUGAUGAGUUUAAAGAACGACCCGAUGGAUACCUAGAACCAACGGGAACCAAAUAUGCUGAUCAGCAAACCGUGUUCAAUGAUUUAGGAAAAGGAAUAAUAGACAAUGCUUGGAAGGGUUAUAAUUGUUCACUGUUUGCCUAUGGACAGACUGGUAGUGGGAAGUCUUACUCUGUGGUGGGAUAUGGCAAAAACCAGGGAAUAGUACCAUUGUUCUGUGAUGACUUGUUUGAUGGAAUUGAAAAGAAAAGAUCCACAGCUGGAGAAAAUGAAGAAUAUCAGGUUUCUUUGAGCAUGUUAGAGAUUUACAAUGAACAGGUCCGUGACCUUCUGAACCCUAAGACCAUAGCAAUUAAAGGAGGGUUAAAAGUUAGACAGGAUCCAAAGAAGGGAUUUUAUGUUGAGCAAAUGACAUCAAAACAAGUGAACAGUUAUGAAGAAAUAGAUUCUAAAAUUAAUGAAGGAACAAGAAACAGAACAGUGGCAUCUACCAACAUGAAUGCCACUAGCAGUCGAGCACACACCAUUAUUGGAAUAAAUUUUACCCAGAAAUGUCCUAAUGAUGUUGGAGAAAGCAUGACGCGUACAUCUAUAGUAAACUUGGUGGAUCUGGCUGGCAGUGAGAGGGCAGACUCUACUGGUGCAACAGGUGACAGACUGAAGGAAGGAUCGGCCAUUAAUAAGUCACUUAGCACCCUGGGAAAUGUCAUCAAAGCUUUAGCAGACCAAUCAACUGGCAACAAAAAAGUGGUUGUGCCUUAUAGAGAUUCAACACUUACUAAACUUCUACAGAAUGCACUUGGGGGUAACAGUAAAACUAUAAUGAUUGCAGCUUUGAGUCCUGCUGAUAUUAAUUAUGAAGAAACACUUUCUACACUAAGAUUUGCUGACAGAGCCAAGGCUAUAAAGACUACUGCAACUGUCAAUGAAAGUCCUACAGAUAAAUUGAUUCGGGAAUUACGAGAGGAGAAUGCCAAACUGAUGGAGAUGAUUAAAUCUGGGGGGAUAACCUUACCAAUAGGCGGUGGGGGCGGUGGAGGAGGCAACUCGACUGAUGAGGUGGAGGAAAUGAAAAGACAACUGCAGGAACAGCUAAAUCAAAACCAGUCAGAAAUGGAACAAAUGAAAAAAUCAUGGCAACAAAAGCUAGCAGAGUCAGAACAGGAAAACUUGGGAAAAUUAGAAGAAGAUAAAAAGAAAAAUGAAGAUAGGAAAGUAAUCCCACAUUUCUGGAAUCUGAAUGAGGAUCCAGCUUUGACUGCAAUGGUUAUACACUUUUGUAAUGAUGGGAAAUCCACCAUUGGAACAAAGAAUGCCCAACCACCUCCCAAUAUCCAGAUAAAUGGACUCAGUAUACAGAAACAGCAUGCCAUUGUGACUAACAAGGGAAUGAAUGUGACCUUAGAACCAUGCUCUGGAGCUAAAAUCUUAGUCAAUGGUCAGAAAAUAGCCAAAGGUGUCCAGUUACAUCACAAUGAUAGAGUACUGUUUGGACCAAAUCAUUUGUAUGUAUUUCAUCAUCCAAAAGAUGCAUCAAAGAAUAUGAAAGAAGGAAAAUCAGAAGAAACGCCAACAUUUGGCUCAGCUAAUGAGGAAAUAGCAGAGAAAGCUGGUCUAGUCAGACAUGAUGGGGCAACUUCAGAGGAUGUUGUUCUACAAGAAGAGGUUGUUCAGUUAUUACCCAUGGUUAAUGAAGCUAAUGCCAUGUCUGAUGAGCUCAACAAGAAAGUACAGUUUGAACUGGCUCUCAUUUCACCACAGGCAAGGGGACUUAAAGAUGGCAAAACAGAGGUCAUGGUGAAAAUGUUGAACCCACAGACAGGAAAUGAAUGGAUGUGGGAUAGAAGUAAGUUCAUCAACAGAAAGUUCUUGAUGCAGGAAAUGUACCAGAACUAUAUUGAGGGAGAUGAUGACUGGGACUUACCACAGGAGAAGGAUCCAUUCUGGGAACCAGCUGACACAGAAUUGUUGCUGGGUACAGUCCACCUACAUCUCAUGUCAGUAGCUCAUAAGCUAGACUCUGAGGAGACUCUUACCAUCACAAACUAUAAGGGUGUAGAACUAGGACAUAUAGAAUGUGCUAUAGAACCUUGUUCUGCUAAAGGAGGACCAUUACCAGAGGAUGAUUUUGUAGAUAGUCCUGAUGAAUUAAUUGGUCAGGAGCUUCAUUUUAAGAUGAAAAUAAAUCAUGCCAGAGGUCUCCCCCAGAAUAUUGCCAAAAGUUAUUGCCAGUACAAAGUAUACCUAGACAAUGAAUAUGUAAAAACACCAGAAGUAGAAAGCAUGAAUCCAAACUUCACUCAUGAAAAACUUUUCCAUUUUAAACCAGUCACUCAGCAACUUGUUGGCUACCUCCAAGAUUCAGCCAUAGUGAUAGAAGUCUGGGGGAGACAGAAAGGAGAAGGGGGAAGUAAGGGAUCUUCAGCACCAACCAAACCACCAAUCAAAGCACCAAUCAAAGCACCAGCAAAAAUUGAGAAAAAAGAAGAGCAGACAAAGAAGGAUGUAGGACCAGCCAAGCCUGCUGUAGUAGCAUCUUCUGUAUCAAACAAUGAUACUCAGACCAAGAAAAUGGCAGAUGAGGUUAACAUGUACAAGAAGAAAGCUGCUGACUCAGAAAAGAAAAUGAAUGAGGUUCAACAGUUCUUGGCUAACAAGAAAAACCAAGGAGUUACCCAAAUUUCUAUAUCUGAUUUAGAGUCUUUAUUAGGAGGAAGUGUUCCGUCAGGAGGAAAUAACAAUUCCUCUGCCUGCACUGUACAGUAAUCAACUAGCUAUACAGAAAGAGGAGGAGAACAACAAUUCCUCUGCCUGCACUGUACAGUAAUCAACUAACUAUACAGAAAAAUGGAGCUAUGUUAUUGCUCCUGUUACAUUCAAUAUUAAUUGCAAUAUUUCAAUAUUAGUUCUAAAUAGGAAAAUAUAUUUCAGGAAAUAGUAAAUAACUUUCAUUACCAAUAAGUUGUUUUUUACAUUGUUUAACUUGUCUUUGUGAAGAUUAAAUGAGCUGGUUUCAACUAAAGCUUUACAAAGAUGUGUUCUACAAGGAAUUAUAGUAUAGUUAUUUCAAUUGUUAAAAAGCUGUGAUAAUUCUUUGUGCUUUAUAAUUCAUAAAAUAGAAAAUGUUACUUAGUUUUUCUGUUUAAAUCUUGUAAAAUAAUUUGAUUUGUAUAAAUGUUUUAUUGUC